UAAACGAGCGCAAAGGCACUCGUGCGCCACUCGCGAAUCGCACGUCGAGGUGCGCGCGCGCUAUUGUGUCGCAGUGCAGUGUUGCCAUUUGUGAAAUUAUAUUUUUAAUAUUUCAUUUCGUGCGAUUUCAAUAUCGAGAUUGGGCGAUAAACUUGGAAGUGGUGAAGGAUAGAAGCGUAUAUCGAAGAGCACCAAUUCUGAGAAAGCAUCCAUUACCGAUAUAAACGAUAAAUCAAGAUGGAAUACUCAAUGCUGUUGUCAGUGCUCAUACUUAUCGUCGCAUUAUACCAAGUUGAAAGUGCACCCUCGAGAAGAUCAAGAGCCGCUUUAAUACCCGCAGACGAGACGACUUCAGAACGAGAGAGCAAACUUGAAGAUAAAUUUAAGGAUGGAACAACACCAGUGCCAGAACCGACAAACAGAAGAAACAAGGCUCUUAAACUAUUUGGAGGCUAUUUCCCAUCCUACUUAUCGUCAGGUCUCGAUUAUGCGGAAGAUGAUGAUGAUGACGUCACUUUCUCAGUAAAUGAUGAUCAUUUCGACGACGACGAUUUAUCUCGGACCAUUCCUUCGAAGCGUCGUCAACAGAACAAGAAAAAAAAUGGUAGUGGUAGCACCUUCCCGAAUGAUAACCUAAAUUCACUUCAAUACGAUAAUUCACCUAUCUUUUACAUCAGAUUACCCCCAACCCCAUAUAUGUUUGUACCAGGCUUAGGUUAUGUUUCUCAGCCUCCUUCCCUCGGACCAGCUAUGCCACCAAUGAUGCCUCAGGGAGUUCCUCAACAAGUUGCCGAUCCGUUUAUCAACUUGCCAUUAGACUUUGUAUCUAACGGCAAACCAACGGGCGUUUAUCAAUGGAGCGGCGCUUCAGGUUAUCCAGGAGGGCCUGUCGAUCCUUUCGGAUACGGACCAUCCCAACCUGUCAUGCCGCCAGUAUCUCGUCCGAGUUACAAUGCGCCAUCAUACUCGAAACCAAAACCACAAUCAGUUUCAAACAAUUCAAAGGUCACCAAUCUUAAAGGACCAUACGUUUUUAACGGAAAACCCAACGAUAGUGUUUACGUUCUUAGGAACACCUACAACUCAAUAUAUUCAGAUGCUCUACAAAACUUCUAUCCUUAAUCAUUUAUCGUAUCAAUAGGAAAUAAUAAUGACUCGUAUCGAGUCGUAAUAUGCUUAGACAUUUUCUAAACGUCAUUAAACAAUAUCCACCCAUUUCUUUGUAAUACUAUACAGUUAUAAUAACAUGUGAUCAUUAAUAUACAGCUUAAUAAUUGAUAUUUAAAACUGCUCAUUAGCAUUAUUUUUUUUAGAACAAGGUUUUUUAGGUUUUUUUUCUUUUUGGUAUAUUUGAUGUCUAACAUUUUUCCUCUCGUUUGCAAUCUGUGGGAAUGAUUUCGUGAAACGGAACGAAACGAACGAAAUUGUGUAUCAGGAAGCCCGGGAAUCGUGGUAUUUGAUUUGACCAACGAGCGUGUGUGGUUCUAUAGUUCGUUGUCACAUGGUAUCCACUAACUUACCGAGAGGAUACUACUAAUGUUGCUAUUACCAACAUGAUAUAUCAUAUGUUACACGUUAUGUAUGACUACUGUAAGUUUCACUCGCUUUGGUUUAUUGUUUUUCAUUUCAUUCUAAGCACCUGUUUAUUAAUAAAAUUAAAUACAUAUUUUAAUCGAAUACAUUUUGUCUUAUCAAAUCUUACUUAGUACACAAAUAAUACGUAAAUUAUAGAUAUAA